AAGCUUCUGGGUUUGAACUACUUAGAUAUGUCAUCUUGUCCGAAACUUGUAGGUCUGCCUGAAGAAUUUUGUGACCUCGAACAUCUCCAUACACUGAAUCUUUCUGACUGUAGUCAAUUGGGAAAUUUACCACAGAGGCUGGGCCAAAUGAAAAGCGUCAGGUUCAUUUUGCUGGAUGGUUGUGCAGAAUCGGUGAGGAAACCCAUUCUGCAACAUAGGCUAGGUGCUGGUCUGCAGUCAUUACCUGCAUUUGUCAUUGAAGCGCAGGUUGGCAGCAUCCGAAGCAACAUUACCCAGCUGGAGCAGGAGAAGUUCUCUGAGCUGGAACUGUAUCGCCUCGAGAAUGUGCGAGAAGUUGAUGAGGCUGAAGCACUAAAGAUGCCGGCCAGAUCAGGAUUACAUAGUUUGGGACUGAUGUGGACAUUGAAUGUUGGCCGAUUCGUUGAGGACGAGGCACUACUUCAGGCGCUUGAACCACCUGAAAAUCUUCAAAAGUUUAGGGUACAGGGUUACAUGGGUGAAAGGUUCCCUAAAUGGAACGUAGAAAUCGGUUCCUUCUGCCGGGGUCAGCUCCACGAACUCGGGUUGAUGCAUUUUCCAAUGUGCACCAGUUUGCCACAGCUUGGUCAGCUUGCAAAUCUCAAGAAGCUGCAUCUAUGCCGGAUGCCUAAAAUCAGGAGACUGGGCAGAGAAUUAGGUGAUGACACCGGAGCACUCAAGAACUUGCAAAGUUUCACUUUGGAAUACAUGGAGAACCUAGACAAAUGGUGCACUACCGCAUCAGCUAGUAGCCAGCACCAGCACCAGCUCAGGCCCGAAGGGUUCAUGUUCCCUUCGCUUCAGGAGCUCAACAUAUACCACUGCCCUAGGUUAACAAUGAUUCCAUGUCCUCCAAGAAGCAUAGACUGGGAAGUAAGAGCAAGUAGUAGAGCAUCGCAACAGCUUCUUGGGAAGGAUGAGGCUAUGCAGUCAUUGGCAGAGUACAUGGGCUUGCAGUGCCCCUUUAGCUACACUACGGAAUUGCAUGUCAAUGGCUCCAGCAGCAGUUCUCCACAUCUUCCUAGUGAUGGAUGGAAGUUUAAUGCUUCCCUCAUCACUCUCAGUGAUCUGGGGACAAGUGAUUGCUGCGGUUUGAUUGAUACAUUGCUAGCCAAAGGCAAUAACAUGCAGUGUUUAAUUAAUCUAGAGAUUUCAGGCAUUGAAGAUACAAGAAGCUUGCUGGAACAGGUUGAGACAGUUGCAUAUUACACACGGUCUAGCCUUGCCAAAUCAUGGCCAGAUUUGUUCCUACAGCAACCUAUUGUAAACAGUGGAGCAUCACCCCAUUUUCUUGUAUCAGGUUUUGCAAGCUGUGCACUUAAUGGCUGGAUUGACAAAGUGACCUCCUUUCUUGGCAACCUCAUACGGAUCAACAUGGAGGACCUGCCUAUGUGCGACCACCUGCCACCACUAGGUCAGCUGCCAGCACUGCAGGAGCUUCGGUUAAAAGGGAUGCCUAAAAUCACAAGGAUCGAUAACAGGGACUUGUGUGGCGGGAGUGACCGUUCAUCAUCAUCUGUAUUGUUCUUCCCAAGGUUGAAAAAGUUUGUUCUGAAUGAUAUGCGGAACCUUGAGGAGUGGGUCAUUACGGUGUCAGGUAGUACAAGUAGUGAUCAUUGUGGCCGGGACAGGGAGGAGUUCAUGUUCCCUAAACUGGUCAAGCUGACGAUUUGGAACUGCCCCGAGUUGAAUCUCAAGCCUGGCCUCCCAAGAGCAGAGGAGUGGGACAUAAAUAACAGUGAUAGGGUAAUAACAUCAUCCUAUGACAUAAACAGUGGAGGCGGUGAGCUUGCGACAGUGCUACAAGUGUUGUCAUGCAAAGUUGCUCCAAAUAACUGGAAAUUGCUUCACCAUCUCCCUGGGAUACAGAACUUGGCCAUCGUUAGCUGCCAUGGGAUCCAAGCUUUACCAGAGAGCAUUCAGAGCCUUUCCUCCCUCCAGUCCUUGACGGUAAGUAAAUGCCAUGGCCUGAAACACCUACCUGAAUGGUUGGGGGACCUGACAUCUCUUCACAGCUUGAUGAUUGUGAGCUGUCCCCUGGAGUUCUUACCGGGGGGAAUGAGGCGCCUCUCUUUCCUUCGGUUCCUCACUUUGAGCUGCUGUGAUAGACUGGCAGCAUUGCCAGGGUGGAUGGGUGAUCUCAAAUCACUCGUGAAGAUCACAAUUGAAGGAUGCAAGAGCCUUAAAUCCUUGCCACAGCUUUAUAGUCUGCAGGAUCUACUCAUUGACUGUAAUGAUGAACUACAUCGGUGGUGCGAAUCAGGGGUCAACAAAGCUAAAUUUGCAGGAAUCAAACGACAGGGUUUCUGGCUGGAGACUCGUGGUUGCAGUAACAGCUACAUCUUACCAGCAAGAUCGUUGUACAUCCUUUGGGGACACGAUGACAGAUACUGGAGAAUGCAUUCUCAUCCUCUGUCCAGGUUUGCAGCAUCGAUGGAACUCUUAGAAGUGUGGUGGCUGGAGAUUGAGGGCAAUGUCCCUCAAGGGGCCCUCCCCGCCAACACUAGCUACGAUGUGUACCUUGUUUACAUGUUGGCAGAUGAGCACGAUGGGUUGAGAUGGGGGGAGUCAUGCGUCCUAGUGGAUGGUGUACCCACGUUUGGUGCCAUUGUUUCCUUUGUGGACCAAGACGCUGUGCGCGUGGAUCGCGUGGCUUACCCGGUUACGCGCUCUGAAGGAUGGAUGGAGCUCAGGCUCGGUGAGUUCAGCCUGGGUGAUGAUAGUAGCAGCACGGUAAAAGUGCACUUGUCUGAGAAAACCGACACCUAUGCCAAGAAAGGGCUCAUCAUUGAAGGCAUGGAGAUUAGAGCAAAAAGCAUGCCUAUUACCUAGGCACCAAUUAUAUUAGUCGUAUAUAUAAACCUGAUCUUUUAUUUAUUUAAUAGAAACACACUCAAAAGAGUCUAUAUAUAUUUAUCAAGGAACGGAACUUUUAAUUGCUACUAUUAAAGAUGGAGAAUUUUACACAAAACGACCUCUGGAAAAUACCAGUAACACGUUUGCUA